AUGUUCGAUGAAAAUAGCAACGCUGCCGCUGCGACGACAGUAGCUGCUUCAUCGCUUCAAGCGCCAAAUGCCAACAUCGUAACACAGUUGUUCAACGUUAAGGACAGCAGAUGGCUUCAGGUUGAAGUUUGCCGCGAAUUUCUCAGAGGGCAAUGUGCCAGAUCAGAUCAGGAAUGCAAAUUUGCUCAUCCACCACCAAAUGUUGAUGUGCAGCAAGGACGGGUGACAGCGUGUUACGACAGUAUUAAGGGACGGUGUACUCGCGAAAAUCCAAAAUGCAAAUAUUUGCAUCCACCACAACACAUCAAGGAUCAGCUUCUGAUAAAUGGAAGAAACCAUUUGGCUCUUAAAAAUUUGUUGUCGGCUCAAUUAAAUACGGGUGGAACUCAGCCAAUAGUUAAUCCAAUGGCAGCACAAAUCGCCAUGCAACAGCAGGCUGCUGCUGCAGUUAACAUGAUACCGAAUGGCCCAUUAUAUCCGUAUUAUCAAGGUCUUGUUUAUAACGCACCAGUUCUCCAAGAUCCUUACGCUGCCGCUGUCAACCAGCAGCUGCAAGCAGCCGCCUUGCUUGGAAACAUUGGUGGACUUUUCACGGCACAGGCUGCUGCCGCCGCCGCCGCUGCUGCAUCCUCGACGUCGUCUGUCGCGCCUUCACAACAACUUACACCGCUUCUGUCAACAAUGAGCAGGAAAAGAGGGCUUGAAGAUGACCCGCCAAGUGCCAUCGAUGCUGCUCACAAUCAGCUGCAAUUAUUGGCUGCCGGAGGUGUUCCAUGCAAACGUCCAACAAUGGAUAAAAAUGGAACUGUUCUGUAUCAGGCUGCUGCUCAACCGCCACAAAACUACAAUCCCUAUCUUCUGCAGUCGCUUCCGGGUUAUGUACCUUCGUCAGUGGUCAGCUACCGCCUCGUUACUAGGCAGACAGGUCCACGUUUUGCUGCUACUGCUGCUCCUGCUUCACAGUUUCAAACGCUCAUUCAACCGCUGCCCAUCAAGUUGUCGAUCACGACCAUAUUGUAA